UUUUGACUUCACAAGAUCGUUAACCACACACCGACGACAAUGGCUAAAAAGACCAAGAGCACCGCAAAACCCGCCGUCGCUGCCGCGGAGGCAGCCGCGCCGAACGUGGAAUCUACGCACGCCGCCUCCGUCACCGCCGAUAAGGCAAAGAGGACGAAAAAGACAAAGGGAGCCAAAGACACCUCCAACGACGCUACAACGAAUGUUGCCGCUGGGGCCACCGAAGCGGUUCCGGGUCCCGCCGUCGAAGCCUCCGCCGCCGCGGAUACCAUGUCAGUGAAAAAGUUCAGGAAAAAGGCGAAGAACUCCUCAACAGCCGCGUCAAACGAGAGCGAGGGAAAUGCGGCUGCACCGACGACCGGGGAAGCUGAGAAGCCUGCACAGACAGUGACGAAGGCCAAGAAGGCGGACAAGAAGGCGGACGUGUCGCAAGCGGCAAAGGAUGCCGGAGUUGCCGCGGCAGUGCCUGGUACUGCCGAUGGGGAAAAGAAGAAGACGAGGAGGAAGAAGAAGGGAAAGGCGAGCAGCCAAGUCGCCGGUGACGGAAAGCCGGCAGGUGAGGACAGUAAUGCAGCAACUGUGACCGACGCCGCAGCGGCAAAAGAAUUGAAGCGCAAACGGGAGGAUAAGGUUGCUGCACCCGAAGGAACUGCACCUGCGCAAACCGAGGAGUCCAGUCCGGCCAAGAAGGCGCGUAAACCGAAAUCGAAGAAGGCGAAAGUAGACGCGGAUGCGAUGGACAUUGUGAAGAAGUUUGCGCCCGCUGAGCGGUCGCUGAAGGAAAAGAAGAACAGGAGGAGUAGGAACAAGAAGGAUAAGGUGGCAGGAACGGAGGGUGGUGAAGGCAAAACCGAGCCGGUGAUCGAGGACAAGGCGGAAGCGAAGGGAGCUGAGGAACAGGCGGAGACACCACAACCGGUGGGGGAGAAAGUGAAGGAGACGAAGAGGCAGAAGAAGAAACGGACACGUGCGGAGGCUACUGCCGAGACUAACGAAAGCGCACCGGUCGCGGAUGCGGUGGCGGAAGUGAAGGGGAGGCCUGCGAAAAAGAUUGCAACAGAAGCCAAGCCAGUGCCUGCGAAAACUCAGCCCGCUGAGACCAAAGAACAAGGGGCAGCACCAAAAGCCGCAUGGAAUGACUGGACUAAGGCAUCGUUCGACGGUGAUGCCGCGCGUAAAAACAAAUUCCUCCGCCUCCUCGGAGCCAAGAAGGAUGGUGCCGCGGCUACUCCCACCCCAGCGGCUUCACCCGUACCAGCUUCAGCAAUCGAUGACAAAGUAGCCAGCAAGAUCGCAAAGGAGAUGGAAGCGCAGUUCGAGAAUUCUCGGAACAUUUCACAGCGGAUUCGGAGUGGUCGGAAGGGUGGGCUUGGUGCGUGAGGGAAUUUCGGAAGAUAGUGGGAGUGGGCCAUAGGUUGGAUUGGAUUAUUUGAAGACGGUGCGGAUCGUACAUACAUAGAUUAUUUAGAUAUGAUAGCAUGGUGGGGGGGUAGGCUCCACCGUGGGGUACGGGUGCAUACUUUGCCGUGCAGGCGUAAUACGGUGACAAAAUGCGCUGAAUGGAAC